AUGCCUUUGGACAUCACGGUCCGCAAGGGGGGAAAAUUGGGCUCUAUUGAAGGCGACUUUUCCAUGGAUGAAGCUGUUCUUGCAGUCUUGCCAAAAGGGAGUCAUAUUAUAUCCGCUGAAUCGUACGGGAAGUCAACCUGGACACAAACCGGAAAACUGGUAACAAGUGACGGGCAAGGCCUGCAGAAGGUGUAUUUUCUGAAGCUCGCAGUAGGAAGUCAUGGCCAGCAGCUUCUCAGAGGCGAGCACGAGGCCAUGUCGACAAUCAAGGCUUUGAUUCCCGACCUUGUUCCAACACCUCUUGCGUGGGGAAGUUACGAAUCGACACCAAUGCAAGUGAGUUUCUUCGUACAAGAUUUUCACGACAUGGACAUGACGCUACCGCCACCCGAUAAGCUUGCCAAAAGCUUAGUUGAGCUACACAAUCAGACUUCGCCAAAUGGAAUGUUUGGCUUUCCACAACUGGACAACCUUUUCUCCCGACUCCUCCGGCAAUCUAUAGAAGUAAAUCAAGAAAAGAACACGAAAUGGGUCGAGUUUGACAUUGCAGCAGAACGUGUCAUCGCUGAAGUUGUGCCCCGGCUUUUGGAUCACGUUAAAGAGGAUGGGAACGCCAUAGUUCCCAGGCUUAUUCACGGCGACCUGUGGGGUGGAAACAUGGGGCAGGACAAGACGUCUGGAAAGCUCAUCUUCUUUGAUGCUGGUAGCUUUUUCGCACAUAAUGAACUGGAAGUGGCCAUGUGGAGACGUUAUGGCGCACAAAAUCUUGGGCAGACGUAUCUUGCCGAGUAUAAGUUGCAUUUUCCUCCCGCCGAGCCAGAGGCUGAGUUUGACGAUCGAAGCAGGCUUUAUAGCCUGAAAUUUGAUCUGAACCAUUCGUCGGGUCACCCUGGCGACAUGGCAAGAGACGUUGCUUUUAAUAACAUGGUGUACCUCUGCGAAAAGUACUCUUCGUCAGAGUUUCUGCCAGAUUAUGAUCCCAGAAAAGAUCCUGUGUCGGGUUCCGCAUACAUUUACGCCGAGUAG